CGGAAGUACGAGAGAUCAGCAGCCAUCCCCCACAGUUUGUGGGCUACGGGAUCCGUACUGUAUGUACUUUGCUGCUGCGCUGGCUAGCUCGCUGCUGUCAGGGGAGCGGAGGAUCCUCGUUCAAUCUCACAACGGGCGCCAAGCUAGAGGGGAAAGGGGGGCGUUUAGAAGGCUGAUCAUGGACCGGCUCAUCCACUUAUGGCCGAGCUGCGCAGGGCUUCAUGCAGCGCGAGUGUCGCUACUGCUGUUAGUGGCAGUAGCCUUCUUUCCCCUACGUGCGGCUAGGCGAUAUCCACGCAUCGUGGCAUUGGCAUGCCAUGGCGAGACCAGUCCAGUCCGCGAUGCCCUUGCCUGCAGCACGAGGCGCCGGUUUUUUUCAGUCUUCCGCGCGGAGCGUCAUUCGCACAAGCGAUCGGAUGCCUGCUUGGCCCUGCCGAAGGGGGAUGGAUCUGUAUCUGUACGUCGACCGAUCGAGCGUCGACGGACACGUUCCGUCCUCUGACGGAUAUACUCUUCCUGCUCUGAUUUGUUUGCUGUCUGCCCCAUGCUCUUGUUUCCCCCAAUCAACAUCACCAUCCGCCAGGGGUGGUACAAGUGUAUAGUAUUUUGCCUUCCAAAUAGUACUUUGUCCUUCCCUUCUGUCCGCGACAAGGGCCCCCUUCCUCUUCUCCAGGCACACCUGUCCAUCCAU